GAGCUGGUCAAGGAACUAAACGGAGACACAAAGUUCUAUCCCACCGGUGAGACGGAUACAUUAUUAGGUAAUAAUUUGAAAGUAUGGUCCAACGGAGUCGUAUCGUCCAGCCAGUGCUUCCCGGUUGAUCUGAACGCAGAGGACUUAACGGAUAUGCAAAGUGCCGUUGAAAUUGGGAAGGCAGCAACGGAUGUGAUGUGGGUGAGUGAAAGUGAUGCGGAUAUGUACCCUUUCUUGUUCCAAGGCACCGACGAUAAAGACACA